UCUAAAGCCCUUGGUCCCAGAUCUCUCCUGUCCCUCCAGUCUUUCCAAUCCCGGCUGAUCCCGAGCCCUGAACGCCCGCGCCACUUCCUCUCUAUGGUUCGGCGCAGGGAGGGGCUUGAGGCCCAGUGCAUGCCGGGGUAGCGGCGGGCGGCGCUUGGACUUCAAUCAUGGUGGCUACUGUGGCGUCCGCCUUCUGGCUUUGGGUUACGCUACUUCUCCCUGCGGCCGCGGUCUACGAAGACCAAGUGGGCAAGUUUGACUGGAGACAGCAGUAUGUUGGGAAGCUCAAGUUUGCCUCCUUGGAAUUUUCCCCUGCGUCCAAGAAGUUGGUUGUGGCCACAGAGAAGAACGUGAUUGCAGCGUUGAGUUCUCGCACUGGAGAGAUCUUGUGGCGCCAUGUUGACAAGGGCACAGCAGAAGGGGCUGUGGAUGCCAUGUUGGUCUAUGGACAAGAUGCAAUCACUGUAUCCAAUGGAGGGCGAAUCAUGCGUUCUUGGGAGACUAACAUCGGAGGCCUGAACUGGGAGAUAACUCUGGACAGUGGCAGUUUCCAGGCACUUGGGCUGGUGGGCCAGCAGGAGUCAGUGAGGUACAUUGCAGUUCUGAAGAAGACGACUCUCACCCUCCAUCACCUCUCCAGUGGGCACCUGAAGUGGGCGGAACACCUUCCAGAGAGUGACAGCAUCCACUACCAGAUGGUGUAUUCCUACGACUCCGGGGUUGUAUGGGCCCUUGGAAUCGUUCCCUUCAGCCAUGUGAACAUCGUCAAGUUUAAUAUGGAGGAUGGAGAGAUUGUUCAGCAGGUCAGGGUUUGGACUCCAUGGCUGCAGCGUCUCACUGGGUCCUGUGGUAUGGUCGACGAGGCCGUCCUGGUGUGCCCUGACCCCAGCUCACAUUCCCUCCACACUUUGGCCCUGGAGACAGAGUGGGAACUGCGGCAGAUUCCGCUGCCGUCUCCUGACUUAGAAUUUGGAAGUGGAUUCCAGCCCCGAGUGCUGUCCACACAACCCAGCCCAGUGGCUCCUUCUCGGGCCCAGUUCUUCCUACAGCUGUCCCCUGGCCACUACGCUCUGCUGCACUACCACAAUGGUGCCGUGACGCUGCUCAAAAACUUUCCCCAGGCCACUCUGGUGAGCUUCGCCACCACUGGAGAGAAGACGGUGGCUGCCGUCAUGACCUGUCGCAUUGAAAAACCUGGGAGUGCUGGGGACAGGAAUACAGCGAGCUUUUCUGAGACAUCUAGGGCACAGGACUCUCUGGCUUGCUUCAACCAAACCUACACCAUUAACCUCUACUUAGUGGAGACAGGUCGGCGGCUGCUAGACACUGCAAUUUCUUUCAGCCUGGAGCAGAAGAGCACUCGUCCUGAGCAGUUGUACAUCCAGGUAUUCUUGAAGAAGGAUGAUUCAGUGGGCUACCGGGCCUUGGUGCAGACACAGGACCAUCUGCAGCUGUUCCUGCAGCAGCUAGCUGGGAAGGUGGUGUUGUGGAGCCGAGAGGAGUCCCUGGCAGAAGUGGUGUGCCUGGAGAUGGUGGACCUCCCCCUGACCGGGGCACAAGCUGAACUGGAAGGAGAAUUUGGCAAGAAGGCAGACGGCUUGCUGGGGAUGUUCCUGAAACGCCUGUCGUCUCAGCUCAUCCUGCUCCAGGCCUGGACUUCCCACCUCUGGAAGAUGUUCUAUGAUGCUCGAAAGCCCCGAAGCCAGAUUAAGAAUGAGAUCAACAUUGACACAUUGGCCAGAGAUGAGUUCAACCUGCAGAAGAUGAUAGUGAUGGUGACAGCUUCAGGCAAGCUCUUUGGCAUCGAGAGCAGCUCUGGCACCAUUCUGUGGAAACAGUAUCUGCCUAAUGUUAAGCCGGACUCCUCCUUUAAGCUGAUGGUCCAGAGGACUACUGCUCAUUUUCCCCACCCGCCUCAGUGCACGCUGCUGGUGAAGGACAAGGAAACAGGAAUGAGCUCUCUGUUUGUCUUCAACCCCAUUUUUGGCAAGUGGAGCCAGGUGGCUCCCCCAGUGCUAAAGCGCCCCAUCUUGCAGUCCUUACUUCUCCCAGUCAUGGAUCAAGACUACGCUAAGGUGCUGCUGUUGGUGGACGAUGAAUACAAGGUCACAGCUUUUCCAGCUACUCGAAAUGUCUUGCGACAGCUGCAUGAACUUGCCCCCUCCAUCUUCUUCUACUUGGUGGAUGCGGAGCAGGGGCGGCUUAGUGGAUACCGGCUUCGGAAGGAUCUCACAACGGAACUGAGUUGGGAGCUCACCAUUCCCCCAGAAGUGCAGCGGGUCGUCAAGGUGAAGGGGAAGCGCAGCAGCGAGCACGUGCACUCCCAGGGCCGAGUGAUGGGGGAUCGAAGUGUGCUCUAUAAGAGUCUGAACCCCAACCUGUUGGCAGUGGUGACAGAGAGCACAGAUGUUCACCAUGAGCGUACCUUUGUUGGCAUCUUCCUCAUUGAUGGUGUCACCGGGCGCAUCAUCCACUCCUCCGUGCAGAAGAAGGCCAAGGGCCCCGUCCACCUCGUGCAUUCGGAGAACUGGGUGGUGUACCAGUACUGGAACUCUAAGGCGCGGCGCAAUGAGCUAACUGCCCUGGAGCUCUAUGAGGGCACUGAGCAGUAUAAUGCCACUGCCUUCAGCUCCCUAGACCGUCCCCAGCUGCCCCAAGUCCUCCAGCAGUCCUACAUCUUCCCCUCUUCCAUCAGCGCCAUGGAGGCCACCAUCACUGAGCGGGGCAUCACCAGCCGUCACUUGCUCAUUGGGCUGCCUUCUGGAGCAAUCCUUUCUCUUCCCAAGGCCUUGCUGGAUCCCCGGCGUCCUGAGAUCCCAACAGAACAAAGCAGAGAGGAGAACCUGAUCCCUUAUUCUCCGGAUGUCCAGAUCCACGCAGAGCGGUUCAUAAACUAUAACCAGACAGUCUCUCGAAUGCGAGGCAUCUACACGGCGCCGUCAGGCCUGGAGUCCACUUGUCUGGUCGUGGCCUACGGUUUGGACAUUUACCAAACUCGAGUUUACCCAUCCAAGCAGUUCGAUGUCCUCAAGGAUGACUAUGACUAUGUACUAAUCAGCAGUGUCCUCUUUGCCCUGGUUUUUGCCACCAUGAUCACAAAGAGGCUGGCACAGGUGAAACUCCUCAAUCGAGCCUGGCGGUAAAACGCAAGCAUUCUGCCAGAGUGGAGAGCCUCGGGGAAGCAGUCAGUCCAGGAGCUAUGGCUGUGGAUUGGUGGAUCGGUGAUGCUGGAUUAGGUUCUUAUAUCACUUGAAUCUGGUGGAAGAGGAUGACCUUCAUGUUGAACUGCUGGGGUACAGUGAUGCACAGACCUUGUGGGACAGACACCCACCUCAGCCAGGCUCUCCAUGCAUCGGAUCCACUGCUCUGUUUUCUUGAUCUGCCCAUCCACCUGGGGUUUUUUUGCUUUUGUUUUUUCCUUUUAUGAGACCUCUGGUUUUUCUCUUCUGAGGCUGUUUAAAUUGACUUUAGUUGGCCUUUUGUGUCUCCAGUCUUACUAGAAAUCCUCUGACAACUUCUUCGUCUUUUGCUUCCAAGCCUGAUGGGUCAGCUCAGCUCUGCCUUAAAGGGGCACUUGGCUGCCUGACCUUGACGGGGCCGAUGUGUAAGCCAUUCUUAGCUGAAGUCUGAGGACUGAUCCCACCCAUUGGUUUCUCUCUGAUGUCACAGAAUGUGAGGGAUCCAUACGUUGAGUCAGAACUAAUUUUAACUAAACUUUUCGUUCCAUGCUUUCAUUUGUAUGGUUGGCCACUGUUUGUUUCAGCCUAUCAAAGCCAGAACAGUCAUUUGGCUUUACACACAUAGCCUGUGCUUUUCUCUUGAGCUGUAACAAGGCUGAAGCCUUUUUUCCUUUUUUUUUUUUUUUUUAAAUUUAAAUUUAAA